CUAAACAACCCCUCCACUAUCAAAAUAAUUAUACUACCCCUCAUCACAGCUUAUCUGACUAGCAAUUGCUUCGUACGAGACAGCAUUUAAGAGACUGCGACACUUUACGUCCAAGAAAAGAGAACCCAAUUAAUUGCAAUAGACCAUCAUGGCACCACCACGGCGCAAGGUACUAGCAACAGCGGAAGAAACUCUGACCCCUCCAGACGAGCUCCAACAAGGGCAGCAUAUCGCGCGAGUCAGCAAGGCAACGGGGAACAAUUUAUAUGUGGUCGAACUGCCAUCAAAAGACACAGUUUUGGUCCAACUACCUUCCCGCUUCCGUUCCAGAAUCUGGAUGAAACGCAAUUCCUACGUCGUGGUCGAUAUGAACGCUCUUGAGGACCGUGACAACAAGCUUGCUGGGGAGAUCGUUAAUAUCGUCCGGGAUGAGAAAGCCUGGCGCAAGGCUCCAUUCUGGCCGAAGGAAUUCGUCAAGCAAUCUACUGUUAUUGCAUCGGAUUCAGAGGAUGAAGAAGAGUCAAAAGUGGGCCAGAUGCCUCCCUCGGACGACUCCGACGCCUGAACUAAUUGACGCGCGGCGAUCGCUGCAUCCAUGCACGUGCGUCUACGUCUAAUGAGAGCCACGAGGGUCAAGAGAGGGAAACAAUGAAGGCAACGAUCAAUUUGCAGCCAAUGAGUGGCUUAUUAUCACUGGAUGUGCUCCUUUCCGUUGCGCUUC